UGAAAAAAUUUCAUUGAAUAUUGAUAGGUCAUCAGUAACAAAAAUUUUACAUGAUAAAGAAAAAUGGCUAGAUGCUUUAUCUACAACCCAUCAUAAUGCUUUUUUCCAUAGAAAAGUGAGGUUUCCUGAACUAGAAAAAGCAAUGAACAUAUGGAUUGGACAAGACAGUGCAAUUGACCCUUUGGAUAAAAAUGCUAGUUUUUGGUGGCCUGCAAUGAUUGUUCCGAAUGAUGAACUGGAUGAGAGUAUGGAUUUUAAUUGUGAUCUCGAUCAAUUGUUACUUGAAGGCAAUUUCCUUGUAAAAUAUUUUGAGGAUAUGACAUAUUCUGUGGUAGAAUGCAAAGGAUUAAAACACUUCAAAUUGGAUAAUGAACCCUACUUGACUUUUGUAAAAAAAGCAGGAUUCCUUGAGCAUAUUGGAGUCUUUAGAGCUCUCAAAUGUAUACAAAAUAAUGGAGAACCAUUUAAAGGUUUCAAAUGGGAUUAUUGGAAAAAUCCACUAAAUCUUUGA